AUGCGACGCGAACAAACCUCAAAAGAAACAUAAGAAAAUGGCGCUAUCUAUAAAAGAGAACAGUAUAGUGCGGUUAUUCGUUAUAACUUUUUACGUGUUUGUAGAUGAAUAUGUAAAAGAAUCACUUUAAGUUUUUUAGGAAGAGUUGCCUAUAUCAGACUACGAUUUCCCAAUAGUACAAGCAGUUUCAAAGAAGAGAGUUUAGUCUCAAGAAUGAUCCACAUACGGAUCAGCUGGUAGAAACUGUAACGCUAGAAAACAAUCAGUAAGAUAAAAAGUAAUCUUGUUAUUUAAGAAAAAAUGCCGCCAAAAUCUGGAACAUUUCAGAAUUCCAAACGUAGCAAUAAAAAUAAAAAAUGUAAUGAGGAAUCAUGUGCUCCUUCCAAGACAGCUAUAGAUGUGAGCAAUACAAGUGGUUUGAAUCCUGAAGCAGAAAGCCAAUUCGAACUGGAAUUAUGUUGGUGCAUACAACAGUUAGAAACUACCUUAGCUAGUGGCAAGUUACAGGAGAAGCAAGCACAAGAUCUCAACAAACAUUUACGUUCAUUAAAGAGCAAUACUGCACCAUUAAUAAAAAAGAGACAGAUAAUGAGAAACACAUUAGGAGACUAUAAAGAUAAAAUGGCUGAGGAUGAACGAAAGCUCAAUAAAAUUGUAUCAAAUGUCAAGUUCAUAAAUCCUGUAGUAAAUAAAAAAUCAGUGUUUAUCAAGAAAGCUAUCAAACACAAUGAACAGAAACAUAAGGGACAGACAAGUGACCACAAAACGCCAGAAACAUUAGUUAGUGCAAAACAGAUUAUUAACAUUGAUAGGACUCAAACUCCAUUUCAAUUUAAUUUUCAGACAUGUCAAUGAAAUCUAUGUUUAUAUUUGUAUGAUUAAUGUACAUAUUGAAAAAUGGAUAUAUAUCUACAAAUGGCUAAACCGUAAA